AUGGCGCAACUUGCCGGUCUCUGCGUUGUAAUUUAUCUCCUUUCCAUCGCUUCGUCGUCACAGUCGCUGAAUUGUACGAAGGAUGACUAUGUUCAACAAAUUCUGCCUUGCGAUCCUCGAACUUCUACUCGAUCCGUGGUUUAUUACCUGAACUCCUCUACAUGGUAAGCGUUUUACAUGUAGCACUUGUUUCACUAAAUCUUGACAUGAUGUAAGUAUUACAUGCUCAAAUGAUAUUGGUUUUACAUGCUUAGAGAAGGUUACUAUUUGGAGAUCGUUCAGCCUUAAAAAAGCUAGCAUGUCGAUGCAGUUUUAACUAUGGCGCUUCGCUGGCCCAACUCUCAAACGAAGUCGCAAACAUUCCUAAAUUGCUAAGAUGUGCAAUGUACAACUUUUCAAACAAGACCUGUGAUGUGAGCCGAUCAACACGUCCAGCUUUCAUGUUAAGGCAGUCAGUGCUAGCGUUGCUUUUGCUGUUUAUAAAUUUUUGCUGAUGCGGCUAAAAAUUAAGGUGAUUCCAUGCACUCAAUAUGACUCACCUGCAUGUGCACGCGUGGAUAUCUUUGGAAUCAACUUUUCUGAGAUCUACCCCAGACUUUUCCGCACAUUCCUUCCUCAAAACUUACUUGUUUCGAGCAAAAUGAGGCGCCGAAGUAUACCUUAAAUAUGCUUAUAGGUGUACUCGAAAGUCAGUUGUUAGCAGACAGGCUAUAUGAAAAGUAUACUUUUAUAGUCCUCUCUACAUGGUCUCAAUUUUACCUCAUUAGAGGCUUAAUUUACAUAGUUACUUACUGCAUGUCGCAGUCCCAUUUUUUAGCUUCUUUUUAUAUGAUACCCUGUCCCCAUCUAAUACAUUAAUUUUCGUCACAAGUAAAACCUUGCAUGAACCUCACAUGCUAGAAACAUGUCCCUUUUUUUAAUAACCAAUUAUUGACAAAAUAUGCUUUAUUCUUGUUAAAAAUUGUAACAAUGACUUGAAAUAAAUAUUGAAGUAUUCUCCAAGAUACAGUAUAACUUUGACAACAAAUAAAUUUUCUAUGUUUGAGGGUUAUUAAAAUGCAGGGGACAUUGCUUGAGGAUUGUGCGGCUAAAUUUUACCAGAAAUACAGCCACACAAAUAUUGAACUUAAGUGCAAUUUAAUGCAUUUGAAAAUAUAUUUUUAUUAAUCAAUUUAACCGCUGUCGUAGUAAAGUUUAACAAAUCCCGUGUCCUCUGCCAAUGUCAAAUGUAAUGUUACUUACAGUAGUUUGACAAACAACUCAUCUGUUGCUGAAGCCACUGUCAGUACUCAGCUGCUCUGCUCUACAGACUGUCAGCUGCUCAUCUCUGCAAGUCCACUUUUUUGCUUUCGAAGUCCCGUAUCUUUCAUGCCUAAAAGCCAGGGCACCAAAAGCGUUAAAAUUCUGUCCUCAGUUCCUCGACAAUUAAUUCUGAUUAAAUUUUAAUCCAAGGUUAUUUCAGUCCAAGUUUUGUGAUUAUUCAAUAUUAUGCCUUACUCGCUCUGAGAUCGAGCUAUGAAAACACUAAACAACAUGUAGGACAGUAAAUACGAAAAAGGAAUUUUCUGUCAGUCCUGUAUUAUGGACCUUAAACGCAAGAACUGUGCUGCUUUAUUGUUGUUUAAAACAAUUAAGCUUAAUAGCUCAACUUCAAAUGAACGCACGACCGUUUUAGUAAAGAAAAAUGAGAAGAAGCAGAUUGGGAGAAGAAACUAAAAUGUAGUUCCUUUGUAAACCUCACAAGCAUCGACAUCUUUUUACAAAAGAGUGAAAAAAUACCCAUUUAUCGAAAGGAAAGGACAGCACUUACCUUUUCAGCCAGUCUCCCAUUAUUAAAAUGAAAUCAUCGAAGAAAAGGAUUACAAAUCGAUGUAGGAAAGCUUAGGAAAAAAUAAAAGUCCUGUUCUAGUUCUUUGCAGUUCAAUGGAUACACGUCAUCUCUACCUUUGUUGUGAUUGAACGAAUGAAGAGAGUUUGGCAGCCGCGUUCAGAAAUUCGCGCCAAAACCGUCAAAACACGGGUGCUAGGAUCCAGUCUUUCAUCGUCCCGUCCGAGCGCUGCGGCCAUCUUGGUUUCUGAACGUUCGGAUCGAUCUAGAUCUUUGAGAUCUUUGUGCAUGUGCUGAGUUUUUUUCCACCGACCAAGUUAAUUAACAAUAUGUGAGGGACAAGCUUGAGAUCUGAACUGAGGUCAGAGUAAAGGAAACUGCUUGAGCUUUGUACAUACUCAUAGUCUUGAGUUCGCAAGUGAAGAUCGAGGUGAGUCUCCGUUCAUCGAUAUUUACCUGUCGUUAUACGGAAGCAGAAGCUCAGUGCAUGCCGAAUGUAAGAAAAAAAGUACGUUAAAGUGAGAACGCACGGCUGUAUUUUGGUCAUUUUAAUUACACUUCACAAUUUUUCUUGCUCUUUUUGAUUUAAACUUAAGCUUCGACGAUGCAUGCACGAAAUUCGACCCCUAGAUUACUUGCAAGUAAUCUAGGGUUCGAUAGUUUCUUAUGUGUGUUUCUAUCAAAUUCUGAGAUGGUCCUAAUGUCAAUUUCAUUUGCAGACUUGCUAAUAGAAUCGAGAAGGACUAAACUGAAUUUGCUUUUUAAUUGACAUUGAAGGGAACUGAUACUUUUAAUUUACAUCCGUUUUCAGGCGUUUUGCACAAUUUAUUUUAAAUUACAGUUACAUGUAAUAAAUGUUUCCAUUAAGAAAGAGCAGUAGCUAGUACAAUGUUAUGCCUUUAAUGGUCAUUUAUACUGCUGCAGUAGAUUUGAAGUAUACUUAUUUCCCACUGCAAAAGAAGGAAGAAUAGUACUUUAAAUAAAGCAGUGUCAGUGGUACUGUACAGUACCGCAAAUGAUCCCGAGACCGCAAAUGAUCCCCAAAAUGGACCGCAAAUGAUCCUCGACCGCAAGUGAUCCCCAAAGUCGACCGCAAAUGAUCCCGUGAAAACUUGAGGAAUGGAAUGGAUUUUAUGGGACUGAUUACAAAAAAGGACUGAUUAUAAAAAAGAAACCUUUUUCUCUCGCCUUUUAAAGAAAAAGGGAAGGAGGACGCUACAUCUCAGGUCAAUUUAUACAAGGCGAAAAAAAAAAAAUGGAAUAAAUCUGAAAAGGAAUGGUAUUAACCGUAUACUUCUUCCUUUGUCGAUUGCUUCAAUUUUCUUUCCAGAAUGUUUCGUCUUUUUUAAAAAUUUAAGACAGGCAGGACGUUACGCAGAAAAAACUCUAUUAUUUUAACGUCUAGAAGCUCAACUUUUCUACUGAGGAAUACAAAGCCGGGCACCCUCUACAUAACAAGAGCUUUAUUGACUUUACUGAUCUUUUUAAAAGCGUGAAAUCAGUCAGCCAGAAUAUUUCAUUUUGAUUUUUCUCUGAAGUGUUAAUUUUACGUGAUAAACAGCAAAACAUUUGUUCGUAACUUAGGUGCUCGUUACGAAACAAGACAUGAUUUAACAUAAACACAAGUCAAAAUGUCCCCAAACUUAUCAACGUCCACAGGUUUCGGUUUAUUUCGAAAUAGCAACUUUCUUACAUCUCAUGAACGUGUUGGUAAAUAGUUAUAUUAGCGUUUUUAUGUAUAUUCAUUUGUUGUGCUUUGCUGAAGACAGUUACCAGGAAUCUAAACCUGGUAAUGAGAAACGCAAAGCCAGAUAAGCGGUAGUUAAAGCGUGACAAAACAUCGUAGGAAACCGUCACAUUCACGGACUAAAAGAAAAUCGCUUAUGAUCAUUUGGAUCCAGGAGGCACUUUGGAGAAAAUUAAAGAACCUAAAACCCUUCUUUAGCGGCAAUGAAGAGCACUGCGUUUCAAAAGAGGUCAAAGGAAAUGCUCUUGCAUCAAAGGGCAAAUCAUGCCGACCAGAAACAACAAUAACCGCAGAAAAUGCGUGUCAUGACCUCUCAGUAUGAAAUAAGCGGCAAAAAUCACACUUGCUCAGUCAAAACGUUUUCUUCAGAGGUAUAAUCUACCCGCCAGAGCCGGAAAAAAGUCAUUGGAAUAAGCAGCAUUUUAGCAUGAGGUAAAAGUCGUGCGUUGCCUACCGACUUCGUUUUUACUCUUGAAUGAUUUUUUUCAUUUUGUUUUUAUUCAUAUAUUUAUUUCAGAAGUAAAAUUUAGCUUUUAAUCUGACUUAUUGUAAUAAUAAUAAAAUCGACACGAUGAUCCGCUAACUUGAGUCCACGUCAUUCCUAUUUUUCUUUCGGGAUCUUUUGCGGUCGACUUUGGGGAUCACUUGCGGUCAAGGAUCAUUUGCGGUCCAUUUUGGGGAUCAUUUGCGGUCUCGGGAUCAUUUGCGGUUGGGGAUCAUUUGCGGUACUGUACAGUACUGCUGUAGUAGAUUUGAAGUACCGGUAUACUUAUUUCAUACUGCAAAAGAAAGAAAAGCACUCCUACAUCAAAAGUAUACUCUAAGUAUACCCUUCAAAUUAUACUUAGAGUGUACUGCAAUUCAUGCAGUACAUUAGGGGUAUACUGUUAGUAUACUUAUCAUCAAUAAUUCCUGAUACCAUAUACUCUGAGUAUACUGGAAGUAUACUUCUCUAUCAAAAUUUUUUGUAAGGGUUGGUAAUAGCUUUGAUUCAGCUUAACAGUCUUUAAACUGUUUUGUUAUUGCCACAGUUUGUGAUCAGGCAAGACCGUGGUUUUGGUUCUCCACACGAACCUCAUCAGUUGAGAAUGGCUGUACCGUUCUCGCCACAACAAAGUACAACUAAAGUUGCUCUUGCAAAAGCAACUAAGCACAAAGCCAACCCAGCAACUGAUGAGGUUCGUGUGGAGAACUGAAACCAUGGUCUUGCCUUCCUCCCGAUCUCUGAUUUUGUGGAUAAGCGUUUUCUCGAUAACUUCGUCUUCGGAAGACUUCGGACUUCUUUGGGAAUCUUCGGAAAUGAUCGUGUCGUCUUCAAAAAUCCCAGCACUCCCAGGAUAAAAAUCUCACGCUUAUAUCUCAGAAAAAGUUGGCAGGUAUAGACACCUCUCUAUUACAGACAGUUUCCUAUGUACCGACAAAAUUCUCAUACAUUUCCUCUAAAAAAAACUUAGAACUAUAAUACGGACCCUCUCUAAUACGGACAAUAAACGGACACAAAAUCUCAGCCCUUGGGAGCAAAUUCAUUAAAUUUUUUAUUAUGGACACUCCGGGACAAGGUGUUGAUAAUUUGUGGUAUAUGUACCAUUUCCUGUUGGCAGUUACACAAACACUGACACUUUAUCAGUUGGCGAUACCAAUACCAGAACAAUGUCUUAGGCGAAGUAUUUCGUUUUGUUCCAAAAUUCGUAUGUACUGAGCAUGUAAUUGAGAAGUACAAUAACAUUAAUCAUGCAAUUAACAAGACACUGAGUUUUGGGCUUGAUUUUACUUACUGAACGCUCUAACCUGUCAGUGGGGUCUUAAAAGUGACAUAAUCAUAGUGACCUUUCUAAUAUGGACACCUAGCUCUCUCAUAUGGACACUUCGAUCUGUCCCUUCGUUGUCCGCAUUAGAGAGGUUCAACUGUAUCCCUUAGUGACUGAAUGUAAGCAAAACUAUUAUAAUUCAAGAAGUUUAGGGUGCAAAACUUUACAAAAACAAACAAACAAACAAACAUUAUAAACAAAAACAUGACAUUUGAAUCUCAGUGCAUUUCAUUAAUUUUUUUUUAACACUAGGGAUUGCUUGAUCGACUUAGUCUGAAUAGAUUGGGUUCAGCAUUAAAACUGACAUUAUUUCCUUAUGCUCAUAUUUUUGAUUCAAGCAAAAAGCUGGAGGGAUUGCUAAAGUCGCAUGGUCAUGCACUAAUGGAAUUAGGUUAAUUAGCUGAACAAAAUGAACUCUUUGAUAAUUUGCAGUUUUAGUGGCGAGUUUCCUCCUAAACCUCAACAUGGUAUACCCUGUGUAUGCACUCCUGGUAAAGGCCUCAAAGGAAACAGCCCCACCAAUCACACAUGCACUCCAUGUGCAAUUGGAGAGUAUGGAUCAGGGGGAGAAAUCAUCAAUAAUUGGAGGGAUUGGACUGGAAAUGGCACAGUACCUCCUGAAGGAUCAGGUCUUAUUACUUAUUGUAGUGAUAUUUCAAGCAAUUAUGUCAAACAUUGUGAUUCAUGGAAAGCAAGUGGUAAGCAAGGAUAAUUAUUUUUAAAAAUUGAUGCGAUAUGUUAAGAAUAAGGGUGAGUUCUUCUUUAUAGGGUUCCAAAUGCCAAGAAACAGAUGAAACCACGAGGCCGUAGGUUAGUGCUUUCAUCUGUUUCGAAGUUUUUGGAAUCCAUGAUAAAACUCAAAGCCCAAGUUUUUGACAUGUCCUCUUAAAUGAAACAAUAAGAAAUUUUGCAGUGCCGUGUUUUUUCGCUGGUAUUGCAUUGUUUCCAUGAGUUAUGUUAAUCAAUAGAACAUCUUAUUAAAAUGCAAGUGUUUGAUCUCGAUCAGGUGAAAAACACGUUUCAUCUCAGAUGAAAACCUGGUGAUAUUUUAUCUGGUGUUUCAUUUAGGUAUCAAGGUUCAUCCAUGGUACCCAAAUGGUGGUCAUUUAUUGGCUUUUGCAUUGACUGCCUGAAUUAUUAAUGAGUUUGAAAACUUACAUGUAGUUUCCUGUCUGAUCUGUUUUCCCUUCAAGAUUUCUGUUUUGUGGCUAUGGCCUUCCCAACCUCAGUUAAAUAAUAAUAAUAAUAUAAUUUUUUUAAUUUCAAUUCAGACUUUUCAUUGGCCCUUUAACUCUUUAAGUUCUGAUGUCAACAUGUAUAUUCUCCUCAGUGCUCUGCAAAUUUUUCUUAUUAAGUCGUGAGUACUUGUCUAUUGAGAGAAUUUGUUUAAUCAUCAAGACAUCAUCAGUGAUUAGUUUUGACAUUCAUUCUCUUAUUGACCUAUGUAUGUUUGAUGUAAUAUAUCAAACAUGAGAUGCAGUGUUUCAUCACCAGAUGAAACACCGAGAAGAGAGUUGAAAAUACGACACGCAGCGGAGUAUUUUUGACGAACUUCGAGAUGUUUCAUCUGGUGAUGAAACACUGUGUCGAAUGUUUGAUAUUUCUUCUCAAACAAAAUCAUUUUUCAAGGAGAAAUUAAGGAUGCAAAUACUAAGCAGUGUUUCAUCCGAUUUCCAAACACUCAUUAAACAUUAAUUUCCUUUGUAUUUUCUUAAUGAAUUAUUAAUGAGUUUGAGAACUGGUUGUACAGUGGUGAAUCCAGGGGAGGGGCCCGGGGGGGCUGCCCCCCUUAUUUUUUGACCAAAAAAUUUGGGGGGGGGGGACACCUUCCCCCAUCUCAAGGUCUGGAUUGGGCUCUGUUGUAAUAUUGUUAAAGGAGAAAAAAAAAAAGGUUGAUGGGUGAGCCAAGUGUGUGGCUAUAAAGCGAGUCUUCUGUAGCUUAGUGAUGGAUUGAGAAGCUGAACAAAAACAAGUGUCAUAUUGUGUAGCAGUUAAACAAAAUACAGUCCAAUCCCGCUUCACGGACACUUCAUUAACACCUAUGUGUUGUAACAAACCUUUUCUUCUUGAAGGUAAAAAAUCUCUCAGUUGACAGCAUGUUGAUGUUCCCAGCACUACAGUACACCAGAUAGGAUGAUUUGUGGACGUCAAUUUUUAGGUUACUUUUGGCAUCUAACGAGUCAGUUUAGAGAAUGCUUUUAAUAUUUAUUAAUAUACAGAUGAGCAAUUUUUGAGUGCUUCCAUGAAUUUAGUCCAGGGAAUUAUACAGCUUUUUGAAGGAUAGAGAUGCAUGUUUACUUUGAUGUUGCUGAAGUUGUCCUCUUUUAUGUCUUUAGCAUUUUGUGCUAAUAAAAGUUGUUGUCUUUAACUUAAACAACAUAAUCUGCUUAAUACAGACACACCGUUAAUACAGACGCUUUCUAUGGACCCUUCAGUGUCCAUACUAAUGGGUUUAAUGAGUCUGUAAAAAUCUCUCAGGGAAGUACUUUAUAAACACCAUAUUACUAUGCCUUUAUUAUUUUAUCUUUUAUUUAUUUCCUUUUUUGUUUGUUUGUUUAUAAGCAAUUCCAUUUUUUAUUGAUUUACAUAGCUGAUAACUACACACUUGAAUCUGGUGACAAUCGUGGGUCAAGAUGGUACUGCCUGGUUUCUGUAUUACUGAUGACCAGGAAGUUUGUCCUGACUAACAACAGUGUUAGUUUUGACUAUCAUGUAGACAGCCAAGACUGCAGACCUGAAGUCUUUGGCGGAUGCGAUGGUCUAGGUUUCUUUAUUGAUGGUCAGCAAGUACUACAAUACCAAGGAAACCAGUUUCACUGGGUUACAAAGACUUACAAUUUAAAGAAGGUAAGUUAAUUUGAAUCAAACUUUGCCUGCUGAUAGCAUUAUAAUAUUGCUUCAUAAAACAGAGUUGUGACAGCUGGGCACAAAAUAAUUGACGUUGGCCAUUCAUACAUGUUGACCAGCCGGUCAUUGUUUGUUUGUGACUACAUCCUUUCACAGAAUUAGCGGUUCAUGACGUUACAAUAAGCGCGACAAGACAUGGUAAGAUGACUAAGAGCCGUACAGAGGUCAAAAUGUAUAGAAAAUACGUAUUUCAAAGUUAAAUUACAAGCAAUUAAAGUAAAAAAUAUUCCCUAAUGGAAGCUCACAAAUUUGAAAAUAGGAAAUCUACAUUGUAUGGGGCAACAAUUAUAACUCACAGGAGUGUUAAUGAAAGAAAGGAAUAAAUUGUAUUGAAUAUUAUUAGAUGAACAAGAAAACAUGCAAUCUUGUUAAUGCCACCCCUUCAUUACCACAGGGUCUCCAAAAAACAAAACAUACCGCCCUCAGUACCACAGGAUACCUGAGAACCACUGAAUGCCACCCUCUCACUACCACAGAAUGCUCAGGAUUAGCAUUUGCCCUUUUGUAACAUCAACAAUUAGCAUGACUUAGUUUUGGUUUGUGUCUAUGAAAAUGUGCUUGUGAAGGAGAUCAAAAUAUCCUGUCUUGUGAAGCAAAGUAGACCUGUCUUGAACAGCAAACCUCAUUUUGACAAACAUCAUCUGUAAGUUUGAUAUUAGGUAGCCAAGCUCUUCAAAUGCUAAAAUUCAUACUUGUAUUGCAGGGUUCCCAUACACUGAAGUGGGUUUUUCGUAAGAGUUGUUUUAGUUAUGGAUAUUCCUUCUUAGACAAGGCUUUCAUCCGUUCUAUAACCUUGGUAAGUCACACAGUUUGUAAUGGUAAUAGAACUGAGCGGAGUUAAAUUUUGGUCUGUUAUAAUCAUCAUCUCUAGGGGCAGGCACAUAUCCAAACCAACUUUCACCAUUUCUUAGAAAACUGUCAGAUAUAUUUGACAAGAUGAAAUGAAACUCUUGAUAAGAGAAUUUUUCAGGAGAUUUAUUCCAGACCUGGUUGUGCUUGUAGUUAGUAAUAUUUAAUUUAAAAAAAUAGUCAAAUUGGUCAUGGUUGAAAUUUAGAAUCCAUGGCAAUUUGAGACAGAAAUAAUGGCAACUUUUUGGCUAUUAUAAGAGACUUUGGUGUUGGAUUAAUAUUGGCAAUGUGAUCACUUCUGAUAACUACAUACAGUCAACUCCCUUUAUUGUCAUGGACACUGUGUGAACCUCGAGUUAGUGUCCUGUCCGUAUUAUCGGUAGGCAAGAGUUGACUGUAAUAGACUGAUGUUAAUUGAUUUGCCAAAUUCCACACACCGCUGUUAAUUUUCACCCAAGUGUGUCAACUAUCAAAAGUUCAAAAAUAAAAGUAAGAUAUUACAUUUCGUUUCUCCUUCAUUAAAAAGUAUUUGUUUAAUUUAGGUAAUUAAAAAGACUGUGUAUUCUUUAGGUUGGCACAGAUGAACCAAACGUGAAAUGCAAACCUUGUCCACCAGGUUACUUCAGUAAUCAAGAAGGUGCCUCACAAUGCACUGCGUGUUCAUAUUUUCAGUUUCAGGCGAAAGAAGGUUGGUACAUUAUUUAACACAUAAUAGACCUUUGUCACAAUGAUGUACAGAAAUCCCCUCUCUCAGCUAUUCUUUCAAUUCACAAUCAUCAUGAGAGGUAGAUGAGACUGAUUACAGUCAAACCAGGUCAAGCGUACCCCCCAAGAAUACAUUAAUAAAUUUAUUAUUCAAAAGUUGAAUCCGUUGCUAGUUGUAGAUUUCAGAUUGAUCUCUGCAUUCUUGCAUGUGUAAUGAGCCGUGAAUUCGCACACGAGGCAGUUAUGAAAUUUCUACCAGCUCCAUUUUCCUGAAAUUGAUGUAAAUGUCUUCUAAGAAGCUUAAUCCAUUCAAAGAUUUCCAAUCUGACCAAAUACAGAGAAGUUCUCGUAAAAUAUUCACUGCUCAUUACGCAUGCAGAAAUGCCGCUUUGAAUUUGACACCAGUUACGGGAACGACUAACGGAUUCAUUUUUCAAAUAAUCAAUUCAUUAAUAGAAUCUUGGGGGGUACGCUUGACUUGGUUUGACUGUAAGACUGAUCUAUAAUUCUUUCGAGCUCUAGAGGCCAAUAUUAUUAUUUUUAUUAUACAAGCCAGCUAAUUCAUGACAGUUGAUAUACAUUUGUCACUAUGAGUAAUGCAUCAAAGCAAAUGAAAUUUGUCUUAUCUGGUAUAUCUGCUGCAUUGUGAGUUCCUAGACUGAACAUAAUUUCUCAGAAUUUGUGGCAACCUAUCGGAAUUGAAAAGGACUCAGAUUAUUAUGUUAAAAUACCCUUUCUUUUGUUGCAAUAAACUUGCAUAGCUGUUGGCCAUGUGAGUGAAACGCUCCAUAGUUCCUUCAGUAUAGUAGGUGAUUGUCAAUCAACCACUUUUACAACUGUUGCUGGUUUUUGUGGCGAGUGUGCUCAAUUAUUUUGCCUUGUUAAGAUCUAUUUUUGUUUGAUUGAUUUUUUUGAAGAAAGAACUUGUAUCUGAUAAGAGCUCAUUUUUUGAAUAUGUGCAUGUUUUCAGGUCAGACGAAAUGCGACCCUUGUCCAACAAACACCUUUGCCAUGAUGGGUGCCUCAAAGUGUAUCCCGUUACCUAAAUGCACAAAGGAUGACAUCAUUAGUGCCCCUGGAAACUUGAGUACAUGUUCCUGUAACAACAAUACUGGUGUGUGCACAACCACAGUACAAGAAAAGUUUGUCACCGUUACCUUAAAAGGUGAGUCAACUUACUGUAAAUCCUCUAUUAAGCCCCCCCCCCGGGGGGGGGGGGGCUUAUUUAUUUCCUGCCCAUUUGAGGUGGGGCUUUAUAGAGACGGGGGGCUUAUUUAAUUUAGAAUUGAUGAUGGUAUCAGUUGUCCAUAAAGAACUAGAAUACAAAGUGGAUAAGCUUGAGAACAAGAAGUUUUAGGUCAUGCAGCCGAGGAUGAGAAUUUACAGUCGUGAUUGAUUUAUAAAGUCUUAGUAAAAAAUAAUUAGGGGAGGGGAUGGGGACUUAAUAGAGAGGGGGGGCUUAUUAACUUUCGUCCCCUAAAACGGGGGGCUUAAUAGAGGAUUUAGGGUAAUACACAAAUUUUGUGGGUUUUUUUAAAUUGUUCAUACAGAUGGCAGCCUGAGAAAACCACUACUUGUUUUGUUGCAAAAUGAUGUCUGAGAAAUGAGCGCACAAAUUCUACACUGAUGAUGCGUCACUUCCCAGAUCUGGGUAAUGCUUUUGUUUGGUUGAAGCAAAUUUCCCUUGCGGAACGACCCAUUAGAAGCACUACGGAGAUCUGAAUAGUGAUGUGUCAUCAGUAUGUAAUUUCUUCACUUGUUUCUUAUAUAUCAAUUCAUGGUCAAACCAGUGAUGGCAUCGCAGAAUGUUGGCUGUUUUCUCGGGCUGGAUGUGGCAUGGGUAAUUGUUUAGAGCACUAGACUUGUAAUCCGGAGACCACACUUUCAAGUCCUGGCCAGAUUGCUAGCUGACAUUGAUCUCAGUAGUUGCAAGUUGAAAUCCUUUCUGCCCUACUUAUAAUUAGCUAACUGGUUUUCCAAAACAAUAUGAUGUAAGUAACAAUUCUUAGAGAAAUUAAAAAAUGCUUCAUGCUCAGUCUCUUGCGAAUAAAUUAUUUCCUCUAUCAUAGUUUAGAAUAGUUAUGAAGCCCGACAGACUUCUUUGUUUUAUGUUUUCGUUAGCUUUUUUAGAUUUGACCAUGCACAACCUUCAGUAACAUUCCUAUCAUUUUGAACUUACUGACCAACAGAAACAUUGCAUUAAUUUAUUCAGUCACAGUUUGUGAACACGAAACAAAGGAUUGUACACUGUCAGGGAGCUUCCAACAUAAACUGCAGCACUGUUGUUUUCAUCUUUGAUGGUUGCUGGCUUUUAUAACCAGUCUGCUCUACUAACUAUGUCUUCAUGUGUUAUUUUGAAAUGAUUGUUAGAACUGUUUCUGGGUGUUAAAGAGACGGGGGGGCAGAAUGGGACACUAGAAUACCCGAGGGGAGGGCCCUUGAAGCAAAAAAUGGGAACCCAACCAAUAACCAUGCUAUAUUGUGCUGACUGGAUUUUUUAACCUGGUCAUGGAGAAGCUUGGGUUUCUCGACCAUGGAGGAAAAAAUUAAUACUGAUUUAACGGAAACCGCAACAUACUGCGUGCCAUUUCCAGAGUACAGGGAAGGGAUAACUUACCCUUUGACCAAUCCCUAAUUAAUAUUAUAAGCAGUCUGCCAUUUUUCCGUAUAAAUGACUGCCACGAAGAGUGACAGUUGUGUUGUCACCUCCUAUGUGAAUUGGGCAGGAUCCUUUAUCUGUUAUCCUGCAAGCAAGCUCUCUGGGGGGGCGUUGGUGGUGGGGCAAGAAAGGAGAGCACCCCACCACCAGAACACCUCAGAGAGCUAGCUUGCUCGCACUGACGCUAUUUAUCCGUACAGUAUGUGGUCCUUGGUCCGCGCAAGUCUGCGAUGCCCUUGGUCCGCACCGAAAAUGAUAAAAUAUUUCGUCGAGAAAAAAAAUACGUUGAAUAAUGAAAGAUAUCGUGAUUUACUGAUUAGCAUUCUUUCAUGUGACGAAGUUUCGGCUUUCUUGCUGCGGGUGAAGGCGCGAAAUUAAAGGUUGUUGACAGGUAGGUUAAUUUGUCUUUCUUGAAGUUUGGAUUUUUGCGGCACCGUAAAUUACAUGAACAUGUUUACUUAGCCUGCGAAUAAAUAAAACGCAACGGGAAGACGUGCCUUUUGCAGAACAGGUUUUCAGAUCAACUUUUUUUCUGCUGUUGGAAGCAUAUUGCUGUAGACUCUGAAUUUUUGUUUUAUCGACUCUUGAAGAAUAUCACCAAAUUUCGCUUGGCGGUCCUUGGUCCGCGACCUAUGACCUGGUUGAAUAAAACUUCGCAAAAUAAAAAGCGAAGUCCUUUGUUUUCGAAGAAUGUUUUGAAAAUCGUCCCUAUACAUGUCUACAAGUUCUCUUUUUUAAUACCUCGAAUACAUGCAGAGUUUUUGGUAAUUAUUUUCGACCGCGCUGAAAGCCGCUCGCGACGCUCGUGUGGGAGACUCGAGGAGACUGUUGUUUGAAGUCUUUGAAAGAAGAGCAGAUUAUUUUAUACUCACAACAUCUUCCGAAAAAAACCUUUAACUUAAUUGCAUCAAGAAAAGAAAAAAAAUACAUGAAAUUUGUGAAAAUGACAUUUUCAUGUGGAAACUAUAACAUUUUUACGUUUUUUUCGUGCUGCUUACAUGAGACGCGGACCAAGGACCACCAAGGACCAUCGAAAACGGUCGCCUUUUUUCGAACUCCAAGCAAAAUAUUUAUGUCUGGAACUUGAAACUUCAGGAUUAUCGAGAAGAACGUAAAAGCUAUCUUCAGGGAGUAUUUCAGCUCGUUACGUGAAGAUUCGGGUAAGAUAUUCCAGUUAAUGACUUUUAGACGCAGACCAAGGACCACAUACUGUAUAUGGACGCAGUGUAUGUUAGAGUCUUUAUUAACAAAAUCUCUUGAAUUAUUAAAUAGAUGGAAAAGCACCAAAGAUUCUUUGCAACCGACAAAAUACUACGAUAACUCCUUCAUCGAAGACAGUGCAGUGUCGUUGUCAACCUGGAUUUGAGAUUUUUCGAGGCAAGGAUGGACAAAUUCAGUGCAAACCGUGUUCAAAGGGGAGGUUUUCUACUGGUGUGAAAUGUGCUACAUGCAAAGUUGGUCAUAUAGCCUUGCCAGGCAAGCACUAUUUUUUGUGGAGGAAUGACACAUUACCGGAAGGCUUCUCUGCUUCUUGUUCCGGUGACUGUACUAUUGAGGUUUGUCAAAUAUUGAGAAGUUCUUUAAAAACUAUGUCGAUUGUUUUCAAGAUGGCGAGAAACACAGCUAGGUGCUCUCCUAACCCUUUAAGUCUCAAUUGUGACGAACAUCAAUUUUCUCCUAACAAUAUCCAUAUGUUGCCAAGAGAAAUAGUUAUGAGAGUUAAUAAAAUGAUCACUAAAGAGCAAAUGCUUUGAUCUGUUAUCAAACUCUUUCUUUUAAUUCUUGAAGGAAAUGUAUGGAGAUCAGUAUGGAGAAUUUAUAUUUGGAUAUUGGGGCUUAAUAGGGUUAAUGGACUAUAAGUAGUUCCUUAGGGAUAGUAGAGCGAGCAGAUGCACGAACGCGCGUGAAAAUCGCCACCCUCGAAGAAGGUCCUCCCUCCACGUGUCAUCCUCGCGGCUGGUCAUUUCUCACGCAUUCUCCUAUUUUGCUCGAACUACUAUUCCUCAGAAGAAUGAGGAAGAACUUGACUGUUAUAGGUAACUGUUAUGUCUCCUGAGCGUUCUUACUAGGGACCUUACAAAACUACGACGGCGACGGCAUCGGAACCUCAGAAAAGCAAAACAACAACUUUGCGCGUGCAUCACGCUUUUUUGUCAAUUUCUUUGCCUGCACAACUAAAAAUGGUCAAAUUUUAAGUUUACUUGAGAAGGGGAACGGCAAAGCGAUAAAUUCUACCAUCUCUGUCUGAACUCGUGCGCGGUCUCAUGCCUUCACUUCCAACCUAAAUUCCCUUCUUUUAAGUAAUAGGGCGACUUGGGAUAAUCGCGAAAUAGUUUCAACGGAUGUAAAGUCUAUUAAUAACAAGUUUUGAAAAACUGUUAAGUAGACUUGUUUUUAAAAGACCCAAGUGCACUUGAUCUGGUGACAGGCUCAUAAUGGCUAAAUUUGGCUGAAUUCCGGGACUCAGCCUCUUUAGGUAAUAGGAGACAGAACAGUCUGUCCGGUUUACAGUCAAGUCGCCCAAAAUUUUAUCAUGCCCAGCAACAUCCUAACAUCUUAAUCGCCCUUGUUUCGUUUCAUCAAAUCUUCAAGAACAAGAUGUAUUACUCAUUUGCUUGUUUCAUUCCAUCAAGGCUAAAAGAAUGAGAUAUGAUACACAUUCAUCCCGCUUAUUUCGUCUAACCAUAGCAUCAUUGCUUGAAGAACGAGAUUUGAUUACACAAUUGGCCUGCUUGUUUUGUCUCAUGAGAUAUAUUACGUACACUCCUUACAAAAAUUUCGGGCGACUUUACUAAAAAUUUCUAGCAAUUUAACUUCGGGCGAUUUGACCGGUUACCGUCUGGGUUCCCCAUGUAAGGUUAUCCAUGGCAGUCUUGGAUGCUGGAUUCCAGAUUCCUUGUCAGUGGAAAAUUGUAUUCUGGAUUCCAUGUCAAUGGAACCUGGAUUCAGAAUUCCAAUCAUUAGCCGGAUUCUGGAUUCCUUGAGCUGGAUUCCGGAUUCCAGUGCCCAGGAUUCUGGAUUUCACAAUCAAAUACUUUCCAGAUAAAUUCCGGAAUCUGGAUUACCUUACGUAGCUGUUCCUGAAAAACGGACUUAAUAAUCUGAAAUACCUUUUUUCUAGACUGGUUGGAUUCCAGCUGGGGAUCACAUUCGCACAGAACGUGUUGUGGGUAAUGUGCACUCUGAAUUGAGGUCUCCUGAAGUAGAGGUGGAUUCAGAUUUAGCAAAGGUCGUCUUCAGCUGCUCAGUCCUGUGCAAUUUGACCGGAGUGCCAUCUAAACCCGUGAAAGGCGAGACUUUGGCUAAAAUAGAGAACUGCAAUCUCAUAUUUCAAGUGUGGAAGAAUGGUUCUCUGAAGGAUCAAGUAAACUGUACUCGUCCUAAAGGGAAGUAUAUUUAUCGAUAUGAGAAGCGACGAGAUGGUAAUUAUGUCAUGCAUGUUUAUCCACUGGAGAAGGGAAGAUAUCAGUUCAGGUAACAGUUGACACCUUUUCAGAGGAGUUCACGCUCAUAGUUGCAUCAUGGGUAAUCAGGGCAAGAUGGCGGGAAAUUCAAAGAUUUGUAUUGGAAUUCAAAGCCAGCUAAUCCUUCCUGAAUUGACAUAUUUGAUGCUUUCUCUUUGAAAAGAGUAGCUUACGAGUUCAAAGAAACAAUACACUAAAUCUGGAGUGCAAAGAAUACUAUCGACUUUUCAAAGAGAAAGCAACAAUUGUAUGAAUUCAGGAAGAAUUAGCUGGCUAUGAAUUCCAAUACAAAUCAUUGAAUUUCCCGCCAUCUUGCCCUGAUUACCCAUGAUGCAACUAUGAGCGUGAACUCCCCUAUUUUAAGACGAGGACAUUUCGAGAACGAGAUUUUCUCAAUACUAAGUAGUGCGCACGCGUGAACCAGCGUCAUUUUGGCGGAAAAUCGUGAUAGCCAUCGUCACUCUACUACGAGUUUUGCCGUAGUGGCGGAAACAUGUCAUCAAAUGUUGGAAGUUUGAUCAAUAUUUGCGAUCGGGAGAAUGCUAAUAACUUUUCUGGCGAAAAAAGUACAAUUUUUGGAUUUUAAUACUACUGAAACCGAAAUGUUUAAGUUUAAUGGCCUUUCUUUUGGUUACAGAUGGACGUUCUACCAGCUAGACGAUACUUUCUCCUCAGCAUUUGAAGCGAAGGUAUCCAACAUAAGCAUCCUUAGUGCAAAGUCUGGCGCGGCUCGCAACUGUACAGCAUGCCCACCUGGAUAUCGUAGCACGCCAGACAACACUGACUGUAAAAUUUGUCCAAAUGGAACUAGCAGUUCAGCAGGUUCUGAUAAAUGCACUCCAUGUCAAGGACAGACUUUUGCCGCACAGGUAUACAGCUUCACGUUUGCUACAAGAGUCAGUGAGGGUUCAGUCACACACACUUUGUCGUUUUGUGGUUAUAGCUUCUAAACAAUGAACACUUUGUUAUGAGUUGUGAGUAAGCCGGUCAGUCAGUCAGUUAAUCAGUUAAUCAGUCAGUCACUUUAUCAGCCAACAGUCAGUGAGUCAUACAUGACUUUCAUAUAUUCAUAACUUCGUCAGUGAGUCAGUCAGUUAGUCAGUCUGUCAGGAAGGGAGACAGUCAGUUAGUCAUUUAAUUAGCCAACCAAGCAGUCAGUCAGUUUGACAGUCAGUCAGCUAGCCAGUCAGUCAUUCAGGUUAUCAGUCCCUCAGUCAGGCAGUCUAGUAUGAUGGUCAGGUAGUCAGUCAGUCAGCGAGCCAGCCAGCCAGUCAGUCAUUCCUGGCGAUAUGAAUGCUGGACAGUAAUCAAAUGGAAACGUGACCCACCAUAACGCAUCUGUCAUACACCACGUAGUAACCUCAUUUUGAAAUUAUUCUCGGAGAUCGAUUUACAUUGAGUUAUUCCUUGUGUCUUGAUGCCUGAGCUAAAGUGUUUUGUUUGUUUGUUUAGAAGGGUAGUGAAGAAUGUCUUCCUUGUGGAAGCAAUACAAAAGUUCUACCAAACAAAGAUGGCUGUGACACAAACGGAUGUAAAUUCAGUCCCGCACCUGGUGUAGAUUAUGACCUCUCUGCGCUUUCCCGUCCCGGCGGAUCAAUGAUUAAAGUCAAUUUACCAGGACUACACCCAUGGGGUCGAAGGUAAAUUCCUUUCCUUCCCUCAUCGUCUCACCCAGAGUAUUUAAGGGUUGUAUUUGUUACGACCAAGAGGGGGUCGGAAAAGUUGUGGAGGAAGGUGUCUCCAGUCAUUACUGCUGUUUGUGAUUGGCUCAAAGCCCUCAACUCAUUCUUCACAACCAACCGGCAUUGACCAAAUUUGGAAGAUGCGAGCAGUUAAUGGUAUAUUGGAGUGGAAACGAGGUUGAUCAAUGGAUAUAUUUUCCUGGAAACGAGGCUGAAGGGGAAUAGACCAUCGAUCAACCUCUUUUCAAGGUGCGGCCGCCUAGCCGUUUAUUCACGAGUGAACUAAGGAAAUUGCGUUCACGGCUAUGCAAAGACGAAAUAGCUAAAUUUCGAACCAGAGAUUUCGGAAAAAAUAAUCUGAACGAAAGAAAUGCAAGAUUACGCAAAACAUAUUGUUCGAUGGAUGUUAUGUACUUUUUGAGGAGUAUCUGCAAGAAAAAAAAUGUUUGUAUCUUGAAACCGUACCGAGGAAUAGGCAAAACCUUAGAAGAAAGUCUUCGAGGAUAUAAGCUAAGAUCUUCGAAAUCUUUUGAAUGAAUAAUAAAACAAUUAUUGAAUUCGGCAUUCAUAUGAUGUGAGGAAUCAUGUUAUCCACCUCAGGGUAACAACCGGUUUCGCUACUUGUCGAAUUCUCUACGUCUUAGUUCGCAACAAAUUCGCUACAUAUUACUUUCUAUAAACCACUGAAAAUAUUCCCUUAGUCGCUUUAGAAAAAAAUCUUUUAGUGUAUUUCUUGCAGUUUCGGGCUUUGUUAUAGGCAGCGAGACGAAUAUGUACGUGGGCCUCGGCACAUCCAAAGGACAAGACUCAAACGAACUCGAACGUAGCGAAGUUGUGAAGUAGCGAAACCGUUGUAAAGCCACCUCGGCCUUCAGCCUUGGUGGAGAACAGUCUCCUGGAUCUUCAUAAUAGACCCUCCCUCUGUUUAUUCAACUUUUGAUAUGCACCAGUUAAGGAAAACCGUCGAUACUACUGGAAAGAUUGCCUUGAAAUUAAUUUUAUUGCCAAUUUCAAAGUGAUACGUCUAAAGCGUUCGAAGAUAUAAUAGCUCCGCUAGGUUGUGAAAAUUUACAGAUGUUUGUAUGGUGGGGGACAAGUUUGUGCCCCCACCCCUCUCCCCCGACCCCCACCACACCAUACAUACGUCGGUAAAAUUUGGAUCAUUAUACCCUAACCCUAACCCUGGGAAAACUGCCCACCUACCCCUCCCCUAAGCCACAUUAACACUUCUCACUUAGGGCAAAAUGUUGGCAUAGGGGAGGGGUAGGUGGACAGUUUCCCAGAAACGUAUAAUCAUCCAAAUUUUACAAAAAUCCAAUUUUUUUUUACAAUUUUGCGAGUUUCGGGAGCUAUUUCUUCAUUAGUUUUCACCAAAUCACUUUCAAACUUGGCAAUUUUAUUAAUUUUAGGGUGCUCUUUUCAGAGGUGUCGACGGAUUUUCCUUAACUUGUCCACGUCAAAACUUGAAAACUUUUGCUAAUUAUCAUUGUUUUCUUGUUAUUGCUUUCUUUCUUUAGGAGGUUCAGCUAUGGCUUUAUAUAUUUUUACAGUUCAGAAUAUUAUUUCAACCUUUGUACCGUUGAUCAUGACAAUAGCUCGUGCACAUCUCGUGACUGGAUCAGCGGAAAAAGAGUUCCCCUUCCCGUGAUGGCUUGCAGGUCUUGGUACAAUGACAUAAGCAUUGGGUCCGUGAUUGGCUACAAACGAAAACAGGAUAUCCGCUCUGGCUUGAUUGUGGAGUUGCUUCACGGUGACAAAUGUUUCUCUGGAGGUGAGUGCAGCCAACGAGUUGUUAACAAGUUGUAAGAAACAGUAACAGAUUGAAAAUUGAACACAAUAGAGGAGAGAAGUCGUUACGUCAUGGUGCCAUGGCAGCAAAAUUUCUGGAUCUCAACAAACAGAAAAUUUUAAUUCGCAUUGUUUUAAACUUCAUGGUUCCUUGUCAAUUUCUUUCGAUUUGUCAAAUGUUGGAGAAAUUUUCUCGGGUUGAAUCCGAAAAGACUGAAUCUAAGUUUAGAAAUAGAGAAAGAAAAUUGUUGUCUCGUGUUCACGUACUCCAUCAAGCGGGGGCUGUGAAAUUAGGAUGUUCCAUGUCGCAGUCGUGCAACGACGGCUUAGAAAUGUACAAAAAAAAGCGUGGUACCCGUGCAACUACUGUAAACAUACCGUAAAAUUCCGAAAAUAAGCCCCUCCAUGUAUAAGUCCCUCCAAAUAUAAGCCCCCCGGGGGCUUGUAUUUGGAAAAAUGCCCUCAAAUACAAAGUAAAACAAAGCAAAAACGGUAAAUUUACUUCCAACUAUACGGCUAGCCUAAUCGAUUUUGAAACGCAAAUUUCCCUCCGUAGAUAAGCCCCUCCGAAUAUAAGCCUCUCAAAAAGGGCCUUUGAAAAAUAUAAGCCCUUGGGCUUAUUUUCGGAAUUUUACGGUAUUGCUUUUUUGCCGUUCUCGUUGCCGUCGCCGUCGUCCUUGCUUAAGCUCCCUAUUGUUGUGAUCCAGAAAUUUUGCUACCAUGGUAACGUGAUAUCCCCUCGCCUCUUUAUAACAAAAGUUAGCUACAAAUGCAUUCGUCCUCCAUUACAAUCCUAUAAUGCAGUUCGAAACAACACCGACUUUGUCCCAGGCUAUGUGCAGACGACACUCUCCGAAUUUUUGAUCGGUUGAAAAUUCGUGCGUUUCAGGGCUCGAAAUUGCGACUCACUGGUCGCCAAUGCGACCAAAAAUUGAGCACUGGCGACUAAAUUUUCAGAACUGGUCGCCAGCUGGCGACUCGCGUUUUGUCCGAUGACUAAAGAAAACCACGACACAACUUUUGUUUUUAAAUCUUUAUAUUUGGAAAUCAAUCGGAUAUGGUAGCUAGUAUACAACUCACCUUUCCGUCCCCAGUAAAAUAAUGUCUGAAUAUUACAAGAUAAUCGAAAAAAUGGAAUGUAUUUCGACACGUCGAUACUGCGUUCAGGGCGCGCCAUAUUGUUUCAGCGGCUUCUUCCGAAACUGGGGUCGCAGGCGCACUUCAACAACAAAAAUGGUGGCAGAUACGGUGCCUCCGUAACUCCCGCAACAUUUUAGGUUUUAUUUUCCUAAAACGUUCUGUCUAAAGGGAAACGAAGACCCAAAAACUGCACUAAGCCCAUUUUUGUUUCCUCCCGGUCGGAGACUGGUACGAGCAAUGUGGUUGUGUAGAGGCCUGGGCCAAGCAUGGCGUUGUUUGUCGGCAGCGAAAGGCGUUGAGGAAAGCAAGUCGAAAAUAUAGAACGGCAUUUCGUAGAAGUAGCAAAGGGCAAAUACACAAGGACCCGUGUUUGUCUCAGAAUGAAAACCACGGACUUAAAACGUUUUAUGCUUCGCUUCAUUUAAAAUGACUUUGGAGACAACCAUCACCUUCGGACCAGAGACAUAUCACCUGAGAACAACGGUAGCUUUAUAACUAAGUGUUACUCGUGUUGUUUCUAAUUGUUUUCGCUCUUCAGUUGUGACUUUUCUUGCAUGCAAAGUAACGUAUAAAAUCGUGUUCUUGUGUAAGUUAUAUAUAAAAUAAGUUGGCGACCAAAAUUUACGAUCUGGCGACCAAAAUUUUUCCGUUAGUCGCCAGCUGGCUCCCGAACGAAAAAGUUAAUUUCGAGCCCUGCCGUUUAGUUGUUGCUUUCACUCGGAACCACCAUAACGGUAUGAAAAUGUAGACGCUAAGCCGUUCAAUAGAGAGCUUUAGAUUGACGACGAGUACCAGUGCGAGAUUUAACUUAAAGUUUUUGCGCGUGUUCUAAAAAAAAACACCUCGGAAAGCUUCAUUUUCCUUUUUCUCACGAAAACAGUUAGUAUGGUUAUUAUACUGAAGGAGGUUAAGCCGUCUCCCGAUAGAAAAAUGAUAAAACUUCUUACAUUUGAUAACUUGUUCCCGCCACUACACCUAAACUCGUAAUAGAAUAACGACUACCACAUUUUCCCGCCAAAAUGACGCUGGUUCACGGGCGCGCACUACUCAGUAUUGAGAAAAUCUCGUACUCGUAAUUGUCCUCGUCUCAGAAUCUAAAGCUCUCUAAUGUUUCGUGUGAACAGAACGAAAAUCUUGAACGGUGCAAUGUGAACCAAGUGUGCGGUCGAAAUUUCGUCUGAUGCCCUGUGCACGUAGCUUCAGCCCUAACCUGGAAAAUGGCCAUUACACUUGUAAAAGGCGCGGAAGGAGAGUGGACACUUUGACACGUGCUGUUGUCAAGGUGACCGGCGCGACCAGUAAUACCUGCGAGGAUCUAACUAACGUGCUCUCGCAAAGAAUAGGAAGCUUAAGCAACGGCGUCGUCGACGGCAACAAAAACGGCAAAAGCAAUAUAUUUAGGUUAGUAAAAGAACAACUUUACAUGUGCAUCACGCUUUUUUGCCAUUUCACAUGUCUUUAUCGAUAUCGCACAAUUCCAUUUUCACGUUUUAUUGAGCUUGGAUACUGUCCGUUGGAAUUCAAGUUUUGCGUGGCGUUUUCGGUGCCGUCGGUCGCCGUCGUAGUUGCUUAAGCUGCACUAUACCUUGAUUGAAGAUUCCUACCCUAUCACCUCACCCGAACGGAACUGAAGGCGGACCUUAAGCGACACGUGUGCCAAAAAUAUUUAUCAUAGGACUUGAGCUAUGAUGUGUUUUUUGAUUCUGUCUGAAGGAAACAAUGGCCGAUACAAAACAACUAUUGACCUCAGAUGUGACGUUACAGCUGGAGUGGGUCAGCCCGGAAGAGAGAGCAACUUCUCUUCAGUUCAACAGGGCUGUGACGUUCAAUUUGUUUGGAAGUCCUUGUACGCAUGCUCGAAAUGCCGAGAACAAGACAUUACACGUAUUAAGGGAGAAUGCAUAAACGGAACCCGGAACGUCACGGUACUGCGUUCUAUCCCAUGCUGGGCACCUGAUGAAUCCCCCGGCGCUAAUGUCACGACAGAAGAGUGUGUCACGCCAACUAAAUUUGUCACGGUUACAGUCACGGCUACUGUUCUGGCUUUUAGAGAAAAGGUAUCAAGCAAAGUAAACAAGAUUUUGAUUGGCGUGGGAGUAGUGGUGAUUGUACUUUUAUUGGGCGUGGCUUUGUUCUUUGUCUACAAGCAUCGCACGAUCAAGUAUCGGUACUUGAAUUGGAUGGCACGUAAUAAACCCAUGAGUCGCCUUAAACAAGAAGAUGACGAAGAUCACUUUAUCGAGGGUGACGAACUCGCUUACCCCUCGAAUGAUAAAGAUGAGCCAUUCCGGACCUGA